AAUAAAGCUAGGCAUACCUACCUUUCUGCCAUUUAUGAUUGCAAAUAGACGAUGGCAUGAUGAACAGCCACGCUUGUGACACACAGCAACUAUUGGUAAAGUGCAUGUACCACGAGACUGGCUUGCAUAAGCCGAAGUAGCUUGACUACGCAGUUCUGCCACAAUGGCAGUGCUGGAUUUCGCUUGAGGGUCAUUCGUUCCAGCAGUGAGAAUAGCAAACACUUGGCUUACCGUGCAGUUUGGAAUCUUUCUGCAUUAGGUGCAACCUCUUUUGAGGCAAAGGUAUCAACACGAUAUUUAUACCAUAAGUGAGCCUUACCUUUGAUUGAGGCUUGGUUACUGGCAACAUCCGCAAGUAUGGCCAAUACCCAGCAACCUCAAUUUCGCGUCCUUAUUGUGGGCGGUUCUGUCGCAGGCCUCACCCUUGCGCACUGUCUGGAACGCGCCAAUAUUGAGUACCUCAUACUCGAAAAAGGAGACGAUGUUGCCCCGCAAGUUGGUGCCUCGAUAGGUAUUAUGCCAAAUGGCGGACGGAUUCUCGAGCAACUAGGCCUGUUUGGGGAGAUCGAGCGUGUGAUUGAGCCGUUGCAUCAGGCGAACAUUAGCUAUCCAGAUGGGUUCUGCUUCAGCAACGUCUAUCCGAAGGUUUUGGGCGAUAGGUUCGGAUAUCCGGUUGCGUUCUUGGACCGGCAGAAGUUCCUGCAAAUUGCAUAUGAGGGUCUGACAAAGAAACAUAACGUUCUCACCCGUAAAAGGGUAGUUGAAGUGCGACAGUUGGAGCAUGGAAUUACUGUUGCUGUGGCUGAUGGGACAGAGUAUGAGGCGGAUCUCGUGGUUGGUGCUGAUGGAGUACAUAGUCGGGUGAGAAGUGAGAUCUGGAAAAUGGCCGAGGAGAAUCGGCCUGCAUCUGUUUCGAGGCGUGAAAGAAGGAGCAUGACUGUUGAAUAUGUCUGCGUUUUCGGAAUUUCGUCGGCCAUCCCAGGGCUUGAGAUAAGCGAACAGAUCAACGGGAUCUAUGACCAUCUAUCCAUUCUGACAAUCCACGGCAGACAUGGUCGGGUGUUCUGGUUCGUGAUCCAGAAGUUGGAUAGAAAGUACGUCUACCCUGAUGUCCCGCGGUUCUCAGACGAGGAUGCCGUACAGCUCUUCGAACGGGUCAAGCACGUGCGGUUUUGGAAAGACAUCUGUGUGGGGGAUUUGUGGAAAAACAGAGAGGUAUCCUCAAUGACAGCGCUGGAGGAGGGUGUGUUUGAGACGUGGCACCAUGAAAGGAUGGUGUUGAUCGGCGAUAGCGUUCACAAGAUGACGCCCAACUUUGGCCAGGGAGCCAAUUGUGCUAUCGAGGAUGCUGCCGCGCUCUCCUCCCUUCUACAUGAUCUCAUCAACGCCCGCGGAGUUUGCAAACCGUCAAAUGCCCAGAUACAGCAUCUCCUCCAGCAGUAUCAGGAGACUCGAUACUCUCGCAUGGUAGGCAUGUGUCGCACCGCGGCUUCAGUCUCUCGGAUUCAGGCCCGAGAUGGCAUCCUCAACACCGCCUUUGGACGAUAUUGGGCUCCUUAUGCUGGCAACCUGCCUGCUGACCUGGCAUCCAAAGUAAUGGCAGAUGCAGAGGUUGUUUCUUUUCUGCCUUUGCCAGGGCGCUCAGGACCGGGCUGGGAGAUGUACAGGCGGAAGGGAAAGAGAGGGCAGGUUCAAUGGGUGCUUAUAAUCUUCAGCUUACUUAUGCUUGGCGGGUUGUGCAUCUGGCUUCAAAGCAAUACUUCUUAUGUCGUUGAGUAA